AUGGACCUGCACUUCUCCGACGCCAUCUACGCCAAUCUCCAGCGCGCCGACCCUUCUCUCUGGGCGCUGGAGCGAUCCGUGGUCGUUCUCCCCGUGCUCUUCCUCACCGAGAAGGCAGUCAACACGGCGGCGUGCCGCGAGACGGAGGCGUGCGUGCUGAUGAGCGAUCGCGUCUCGCCGAGUUCAUUCGAAGAGCUGCGGCGAUGUGUGAAGACGCGGAGCUGCAGCCUGGACAAGAAUCGACUGGGGUCGCAUCGAUACAUCGAUCGGAAGUGGCUGAAGGGAGGCGCGAAGCCGCUGCCGCUGCGCUGUUUGAAGUUUGAGGGGAUGGAGCCGUAUGUGAUUCUGCGCCGCGCUCCGGACACGCCCUUGUUUGAUCCUCUGUUCUACGACUACGGAGGGAAUAAGCAGACUUUUGUCGAGUCUCUUCGGUAUUAUUCCGAUCAGUGGUUCGUGCUGAAUAAUGUCUUCGCCAUCGACUCGAGACAUCCCAAAUCCGCUUAUCGCCAGCAGUUCGAUGAGACGUAUCGCCACCGAGCCGCGCUGAACAGCUUCCUCAUCCAGCUUCGAAGCCAUGAGCUCCGACACUCCCAGAAAGAAAAGAUGCCGAUCUGCUCGCGCUUUUUCUCUCUUGUUUUCAUCAAACACAAGGACGACAAGCAUAUGUUACAGUAUAGAUUUCGUUAA